GAUAUUCGUUGUUCUAUAAUGAAAAGAUUGGAAGUUUCCAGCAAAAAAGAUAAAUCCGAGGGGAGCAUUUUUCUCUAUAACUUUAUGUGCGAGCAUGAUGGUUAUUUGUAUUUUCGGCCAGAGCAAUCAUGGACAUGUAUCUCCGUAUAAAUUGAUGAUGGUCCCACUAAUCAGCGACACGACCCGUACAACAAAGCAAGCGGUACAACCGGCUCCCAAAUAAACAAAUUUCGUCCCCAAGUCGCUAGAAAAAAUUCCGACCAGCGCGCCGUCGCCUCACCCCAUAGUCGCCGUCUCCGGCUCUCCGCCCGUUCACCGCCGUCUUCUUUGGAUCCGGCCGCCGCUCCACCACCCCACCCCACUCAUGCCCGACCGACCCCGUCGGGUUUCUCCGUCCGCGGCCACGGCGGGAGGCGACGGGGUCAUGCCCUACCUCACCGGCCUCGAUUCCGGCGAGGCGGCGGCGCCAUUAUUCGGCUUCGGCUCCGGCUUGUGUGCUUCUGGGUCUUCUCCCCCGGACAGGCACCUCUGUCCCACUCUUACUCCAGCUACUGGGGCAAUGAGGUAGUACAAAGGUGACGUUCUUUCUCCACAUCUACAAUCCUGUGAAAUCUAGGGAAUGGGUUUUCCUAUUGAGUGAUAUUCAUGUGCCACCAUUACUGUGAAAUUGAGAGGAAUCCUAUGUCUUCCACAUGUCAUACUUAUCGAUCCUCGCAGCAUAAAGGGUAAAUAAGUUCAGAUAUAGCCAUAGUUAAACAAAUGUCAGAGCCAUCGGAUGCCGGGCUUGGCCAUGUGCACGGCAUACAGCUCAAUGUGAGAUCUCGAGAUCUGACUAACCCACCUACUGAUUAAUCAUUGCAGUUUUCUAAUCGUCCAAACUCAUCUAAUCGUUGCAACUUGUAUUAGUUUUUAGUAUACCAAGACUUCAUCUACAUAGCCAGUCUUGAGUCUCUAAAUUAACCGCAGCUGUGCCUGUCAUACAGCGCGGCGAACGUGGCGGUCUUGAAGACUUGAUCAAACUGACGGAUAAUGGCGUUUGGGCUGUGGAAGAGACGUCGGGGCAAACCAACGGUUGGUGCAAAUGGGGCAAAAACAAAUACGUAUACAAUGUUAGUCAUGUUGCAAGUGCAAUCCCUUUCACUGCUUCUGCCUGCCUCUUGCUGCCUAGCAGCUCCCAAAUCUCAAGUCCCAACCACACCUCCCAUCCAGCAGUGUCUCUCAUCUCCCUUGCUUUUUGCUUCCAUUGAUGCACACACCACAUCCUCCAAAUCAAGCACGAUGGACGCCCAAGGUGCCCUCGACUCGCUCCUCGGCCGCCUCACCACCAUCCUCGUGGACGAGGCAAAACUGCUCGGCAACCUCCAUGGCGAUGUUGAGUUCAUCAAGGAGGAGAUGGAGUGCAUGAAUGGCGUGCUCCUCCACCUCGCGGAGGCUCAACACCUCGAUCGCCAUGUUCGCGCUUGGAUGAAGCAAGUCGUUGGCCUCGCCCGCAACUGCGAGGGCAACGUCGAGCUCUACAUCCACAGUGUCACGGAUGCUGGCCACCAUGACCGUGGCUUCCUUGGCUACUUGCGGCAGAUCAUCCGGUAUAUGCGUACCAUCCCGGAGCGGCAUCGGAUUGCGACGCGGAUACGUGAGCUUAAGGUCAGGGCGCACGAUGUGGGCCACAGGCAGCUGAGGUAUGGUAUCACCAUGCCACCGGCUGCUGACCAGGACGGCGCGAUAUUCAUGGAUGACGACAUAGCAGUCCCCGACGGACCAGAAGCCGAGCUGGAAGAUGCUCGGAGACGCGCUCUUCUUGUCAAUUGUUCGUGGUCGGAGGACAAAGAGGCUUAUGAACAGAAAAUCAUGGAUGAUACCAUCAAGUCCCUGCUGUUGUCUGAGGAGGAACCUGUUGAUGAACUAGCAAAUGGGGAAUCACACCCGAGGAUAUUCCUGAUGACCUGGGAUGAAUGUUCCGGAGAGGAUAGGGAUUUCACAAUUCUUGUAGCUAAGAAACUAUAUGAGCAGGAAAUCAGCUCAUUUAGUUGCAAAGCCCGGGUCAGCCAUUACAAAUUGGAUUCUGUGGUGGUAUUACUGCAGGAAAUACUGCACCAAGUGACGUCCCUUCCAGCUGAACAAGAAGACGUGCCCAGGUUGGAAGCGGAGAAGAGUACAGAAACAUCACUGGGUGAUGACGAGGACGGCGAGGCAAUGCAACUCACCAAGAAACUUGAGGGGUUCCUCAAAGGUAAACGAUUCUUGAUCAUUCUUUAUAAUGUCUAUGGUAUAGAAUGGGAUACCAUAAGGUCUGCCCUGUUACAUGUUACUGCUCAAGGCUCUCCUGGUAGCGCUAUUGUCAUUAGCACAGAGUAUGCUGAUUUAGUGGAGUCCCCCUAUAAAAUCCUCAAGCCACAAACUCUAUUACGUGCUUUCUGCAGUAAAACCAUGGAGCUUGCUAGAUGUUUUGAAGAUUCUAUAUAUCAUAUAUCGAAUAUUUUAGAAUUAUGUCACCCCGAUGUCUUUGCAAUGAAGAUGUUCCAACAUCUUCUGUAUGUUAACCCUGGAAGAGGUAAAACACAGCUAGACCAAUUUACAAAAACCUUACAGGGUUGUCGAGAUGCAAACAAAAGUGUCGCAAAGCAAAUGGUGAAGAUCUCCUACAAUGACCUGCCUGCCAAGUACAGGAGCUGCUUGUUGUACCUGACCAUCUUCCCAGAUGGUGACCCCAUUAGGAGAACAACCGUGUGUACAAGAUGGAUAGCCGAAGGGCUGAUAACGUCAAGGGAGAAUCAUGCACAAGAUGAAGCCGAUUCCUGUAUCGAUGCACUCCUCUCAAGGGGUCUCAUUCAACCUGGGCAGAUUAGUGACACGGGCAAGAUCAAGACCUUUACAUUGCAUCGUGUUGUUCGUGAAGUCAUCACCAUGAUUGCUAGAGAUGUUAACUUUGUGGACACGGACCUACCACCCGAUUUGGCUCGCCACCUUCCUGUUCACAGUAGAACUGGGGUGCAAACAUCUCAUGCCGAUCGUUCCAUGAAAGCAGCUGAUGGCAAUGGCAUUGUGGCAUUUCUUCCAGACUUGGCAAAGUCAUCUCAGUGGCAGCUUAUGAAGAUGCUGGAUCUUGAAGGUUGUAGAGGUUUAAAGAAGCACCAUUUGAAAAGCAUCUGCAAAAUAAUACUGCUCAAGUAUUUGAGCCUCAGGAACACAGAUAUUACUGAACUGCCCAAGCAGAUCGAGAAGUUGCAGUGUCUGGAGACCUUUGACAUCCGGCAAACAGCGGUACAGUCAUUCGCCACUAAAUCGAUCAUGGUUCCAAUGCUAAAGCAUCUACUUGCUGGUCAGGCUGAGUCUCCAAGCAACAAUUCCGAUGGGCCUCAAGAUUUGUUUACGGCGGUGCGCCUUCCCAGCAGCAUCAGAAGAAUGGAACAAUUGGAGACACUAUCCCAUGUUGAAGCUUCCCACCGUUUGAGUGAUUUAACUGAUGUUGGCCAUCUGUUACGGCUGAGGAAACUGGGUGUGAUUCUUUCUGGUAAGAAAGGCGCUUUGGAUAUUUUGUUCCAGCAGAUUGAAAGAUUACACGGUUGCCUCCGCUCUUUGUCAAUCCAGAUCAACCAACCGGUUUCCAAAAAUGAGGAUACUCCUUGUGCAGAGGAGGUGAUCACAUUAGUCUCGCCUCCAAAACUUCUUCAGAGCCUAAACAUUAGAGGCAUCAGGAGUGAUCUUCUCAUGUGGAUUGCAGAGCUUGAUCAACUUACUAAGAUAACACUGAGCGAGACCUACCUGGCAGAGGAUUACACACGCAUCCUUGGCAAGCUUGCAGCUCUGCGUUGCCUCAGGCUUCGGCGCAAUUCAUACGCCGGAAGCAGGCUCACUUUCAAGGAUGAAGAGUUCAAGAGCCUCAAGUCAUUGGUCGUCGAUGACGGCAUCAUCAUCAACAUUAGCUUUGACACCGGAGCGGCUCCCAAGAUCGAGGCCGUUGUGUGGUAUUUCGCCACAAUGGAGUCUAUUUCUGGACUCCUCUGCCUUCCCAAACUGAAGAAGCUCGAGCUCAAUGGUGAUUGUGACCCUGAUGCAGUGAGACAAGAACUUGAUGAAGAGCACCCCAACAGUGUUGAUUUCAAGCACAGGCCAGGCCAUGGACAUCAAGAAGAUGGAGCUACUGUUGCUGCCUCCACCUCCAUGAGCAAGUGAUUGAUUACUCUCCGUCAACUGUAAACGCGCUUUGGUUGGUGUUUGCCUCACUCAUUUAUCUUCCUGAAUAAAGAGGCAGCCGCCUGUAGGAAUGCCCGUUGGUCUCCUUUCAGCCUCGCGCCUCGUUGUAUCUGAAUCCUAUCUGUUUUGUGUAAUUUGUGAGCCUUUUCUGGGUGCACUUGUGCGUUUGGUUUUAACUCUUUGUACUCUCCAGACCUGGAUUCUGUUAUGUGCGUGCAUGUUUGUGUGUGAGCUGCAUGCUUGCUCUGGUGUGUAGUGCGGUAUUGAAUUUUCAUUGUACAAUCUUGUUUACCGCAAAGCUAUAUCUGUGAUGUUUAUUUAUAUUGUUAUUUACCACUUCUGUUUUCAAACACAAGUGGUUUUGACAGUGUAAAUUGAACUGCCAAAAUGUCUUAUAUUUAGGAGCAAAGGGUGUAGUUCAUAGUUGUUCAAUAAAGUCGGGAGCGCAGAGUUGUUGUGAUGAAAAGAUUAGAGGUUCCCCUAACAAUCUCUGUUCUUUUCGGCAUUCUGAAACUUGUCUGUUGUUGUGCAAACUGUAACUGUCAUCUUACGCUGUUAAACUGAUAUUCGAUCAGAAGACGUGGUGAGAAUCAGCUGUCCUGAUUUCUGACAUCUUACUCUGUUGUUGCAAUCUGCUACCCCGAUGUGGUGAGAAUCAGCUGUCCUGAUUUCUAACAUCAUCAGCGGUACCGUACAUGUCCAAGAUCAGAUUUGUGUUGGUCAGUCAUUAUAAUCACUAGACCAAUAUAAUGCACAUAACUGUAGGACCUCAGAUUUUAUUUUGUUUUUGAAACAGAGUAGGUCUGUCUUUGAUUAACCUGUGCAAAGUAAGGAACACUGCCCUCGAACUGAAUUGUGGUAACAGUCUUUUCUUAAACCAUUUGGUCCAUAAAGGAAUCCUCUUCUUGAAAUGAUCUGCGAACACUAGUUCGAAAACUAGUACAAUCCAAUCACCGACUUGCAUAUGUCUAGUUCAUUCAACCACUGGCUCUCCUGGGUCUGCCACGCCUCACCCUUUGUUUUGUUUAUUUUUGUUAUUGCCAGAUUAUAGCUACACCUCACCCUCGGUUUUUUUUAUUUUCGAAAAGGCUUGUUGAUUUUCUAUUUAGGGACAUAUAUAAAUUGGUGGGAUUCUAUGUAGAUUAGCGAGGUGGUAUAAUUAUUAUUUUUGAAGUAGAUGAUACUUCUAAUUAAUAAAGAAUUUUUUAAGUACCGAAAGCUGGCCAAUGGCCCAAUAAAAAGAAUAGUAAAAUGGGUGAGAGUGUCUGUGCCCAUUACAUCUCGCGACGACGAUUCCACGAGCCCUCCUCGCGCGGGCGACGAGUGUCGUCUAACCCCAGACGCACCGCUCUCUGUCCCUCAAUCUCGUCUCUCCCCCAUGCCUUUUCCCUUUUCCCCACACUCUCGACUAUCCCUGUCCAGCGCGGAACUACCCACCAUGAGCAGUACUCCCAGUCCCCCUCUCAACGAAAUUGACGUAGGAACGAUGGUAAAAUCGGUGGACGGACGAAGCGGACGAAAAUCAGGGGGUAAGAAGCGAUCAAUGCUUUAUUAUUAAAAAAAUUAAAAAAAUAGGUAAAGAUAAAGAUCUGUUGGAAAACCAAGCAAGGCUCGGUUAAAUUCUGUUGAAAAACGGUGGCCACGUCUCUCCCCAAGCUUCCACCUGCGAUGGCCACCAGAAUCCCCGUUGCCCUCCAUGAUUUUCCAGACUGCUCGGCUGCGGCGGCCUGCUCCAGUCCCCCUGCUUGCCGGGAUGCCACGUCCGCCGGUGGGUUCUGUCGUGGUCGAUCCCUACCGCCUACCGGCAGGCCCCGCACCUCACCUGUGAAGCUGUGACUCUGAAUUCUGUUUUUCUCAUUCUCCCAACUCAGCUUCCUGAUUCCUGCAACUCUUGCAGGUGCAUGGAUUUGGCAGUGAGAAGGUUCAACUAAUGGACUUUGGAGUAUCUCCAUUCGUGGUCUGUCUAUUUCCAUGGAAGGAGCAUCGUAAUAUCUGUCUUCAGAUCAGUCAUCUGAAUGAAAGAGGAAAUUCAGGGGCAUGACAAGAUUAGGAGAAAUCGAAAGACAACGCAAAUUUUUACUGUAGUAUUUUGUCUUGCCAAGGAGAGUUGCCUAUACUGCUCUCUACUAAUGGAAUUUAUUCCAGUCAUAGUGUAGUAUUUAUCGUUGAUGGCUGGAACUUAUCGCUUAUGGAUGACCCGGCUAUUUAAGCCGGUCGACUAGCUCCUCACGCGACGAGGUGGGACUAAACGU